UUUAAGUAUCGGACGCCUCUUUUCCGGCUUCCUUUUAUGCACCCCUUUCAACAUCUCCACUGCAAUUGAAGAAUCUCACAGACAUUACUGAUUUAUGCUUCCCAAGUGUGGAUGGUCCAUCUUCGCAUGCAGAAAUGAUACGUAGACGUAUCAAAUGGCUUAGUUUAGAAUGGAGGCUCUGAGUAGCAAUUUAUAAUUCACAAUUAAAAAGCAUCUGGUGGAGCCAUACACUCCUAAGUCUGAGAAACAUGGGAAAUGCUCACAUCCUAGCAUUCUAUAUAACCAUUUGUUUCGUUGCAUUUAUCGUAUCGAAGAUUGUUAUUGCAGUGCUCCUCUAUCAAAGAUGGAGCAGAAAGCGCAAGGUCUUCCAGGAGAGCUUGUCAGGUGGGAAGAUGGUAUUGUUCAGGUCGCCGACUAUGCAGUCCCUCACCUCAGAAGCCUUUUUGAAGAAGACGAUGAAGCUAACCAACAAGGAUAUUAUUGGGUCUGGAGGAUAUGGAACAGUGUAUAGACUGACCAUCAAUGAUUCCAUCUCUUUCGCUGUGAAGAGAUUAAAUAAGGGUAGUGCAGAUGGGGACCGGGGAUUUGAAAGAGAGCUGGAUGCAAUGGGUGACAUAAAGCACAGAAACAUAGUCACUCUCCAUGGUUAUUAUACUGCCCUUCACUUCAAUCUGCUUAUAUAUGAGCUCAUGCCGAACGGUAGUCUUGAUGCAUAUCUUCAUGGGAAGUUAAGAGAGAAAUAUGUUUUGGAUUGGCCUCUAAGGUAUAAGAUAGCAGUAGGUGCUGCUCGGGGCAUUUCAUACCUUCAUCAUGACUGCAUUCCUCAUAUAAUUCAUAGAGAUAUAAAAUCAAGCAACAUAUUGCUGGAUCAAAACAUGGAAGGUCGGGUGUCUGAUUUUGGACUGGCCACAUUAAUGGAACCGGAUCAAACUCACGUAUCUACGUUCGUCGCUGGAACUUUUGGUUAUUUAGCUCCAGAAUAUUUUGAUACUGGACGAGCAACAGCAAAAGGUGAUGUUUACAGCUUUGGUGUUGUCUUACUUGAGCUUCUAACCGGGAAAAGACCGACAGAUGAAACGUUUGUUGAGACCGGCACCAAACUAGUGACAUGGGUGAAAGCUGUUGUGGAUGACGAGCGGGAAGAGUUUGCAAUAGAUAACGGGCUAGUAGAUUUUCCUGCUAAUGAAGUUAAGAAUGCAUUCAGUGUCGCAGUGAAAUGCCUUGAAUCAGAGCCCUCCAAGAGACCAACUAUGGCUGAGGUUUUGAAGAUGCUCGAGCAGAUAAAAUCAGAUAAACCCAUAUCAGAUUCCUGAAAUGUGUCAUGGUUUCUUUUGGGAUGUGAAAUGAUCUUGUUAUCGAAGGAAGCCCAUUGUAUACUAAAAUGUGUAUGAACCAUACAAUCAUCCAGCUAGAUAUGGUUCUGUUGAUUAAUCAUACCAAUAAAAGCACGGAGUCCUGGCAAGUUGGUGUCAUGCAAUAGCAGCUUGGAUUCCCCAACGGGUGGCAGUAUGUGGUGUUCAGAAAGGAGGAAAAGGAAUGACGCUCACAUUCUGGCAGUGUUUGGAUGUACAAUUGAAUUGAGUUGUGAAUAUUUAGUUUAAUUGAGAGGAAAUAAUAAGAGUGAAUGAAAUUUCUAAGCAUUGAUAAUGAAGAAAAUAGCCCUCAAAUUGGGUUACAUUACUUUCAA